GUACUUACUUACCUAUGUUUCUAUAUUUUUAAUAAUUAUUUGAAUUUACUACAGUAUACUUAUGUAACUACAGUAGAUGUUGCAAGAGAAACGCGUAUAAUGUGAGUGAUUUGUAGUACAAUUAUGUGCACUGUGAAAACAAAUGGAGGUUAUCUCUGCAAAGUUCUUUAUUUACUUACAAAGCAUAUGCAAUAGCACCCCAUCUCAUAUUAACAAAACUUGUAAGUUUGACCGUGCUAGUCUGCUAGUAUCUUGAAGCUGAGGGAGUUCUACAAAUAAUUUGUUAAAACUAAAUUUAUUUUAAUUAAGAGAUGAAAUAUAUUUUUUAAUAAAGAGUUGUGAACCAAUUAGAAUGUUACCCAUGUUAUUUGAGAAAACGAGCUAGAUACAAAAAAAAAAUAAUUUUCAAUAUUUUAUGUGGAACUUUUUUACAAGCAAUUUCUUUCUAAUAACAUAAACAUCCAUUCUGCCCACUGCUUAGCAUGGCCUCUCUUUCUGUACUUUUUGAAUUGCGCCCACUUAAUAUUAUUAUUUAGUUUUGAAGAUGCCAGUGCAAGUACCAAGCCGGUGAUCUGGUUUUCAUACUGGGACUAUUAUAUCACACCCAGUUAUGGGGUGCAGGUUAGCUAAUAACCUACAUGGUAAACCUACAUUUACAGAACCUGGGUAAACCACCCGCUUAUCUUUAUUAUAUAGUUUUUAUUUGUGACUAUUUAUUUUCUGAUCAAAUUGCUUUGAAUAUGAAAAAUAGCAAAUAUUGUGAAGUUCUAAUAUAAAUUUUUUUUAAUACCUACCAAAAUUUGCUAUUUAAAGUCCAUGUAAGAUUCUUGUGAUUGUGUACAUGUCAUGUGAGGUGUCAUACAUAAAUAGGUCUAAAUAUAGUAAAUAAAAUAAAAUUUCAUGUUAAUUUAGUAAAUAAAAUUACAUGUUUUAAUUUAAAACAACUUCAUGGAUUUUCAUGAAAUUUGGUACAGAGAGGAUCAUCUGGUAUAACAUAUGUUUUAUCCUGAAAUUCCCACCUGGGGUAAUGCUGUGAAGUUUAAAUUCCAAAUAAAAUCAAAACCAUAUACACUCAGUGAUACGCAAUUGAUCUUUGACAUUGAUGUAAGAUAUGUGUUCAUGUAUUGAAAUUGGUAAGAUUCCUCAGUCUAGUGUGAGACAUUGACCACAUUGGUCAUAUUUCUAAGGUCUAGUUUCAAACAUGUGCAUCAUAAGAUUUUUCUCAUCUGAGGCAUUUAGUGCACAUAGAACAAAAGAAAUACUUCAAAAAUUAAAAAAUGUGGAUUCCAAUGUGUCACAAUUGUCUACUGAACUUUGUUACCAUGUGGAGUUAGCUGAGGGGUGUGACUAUCUAAACAUUAACCAGAUUAAAAUCUUAAAAUGGCUGUUAAGUUCACCUUUGCAACCUCAAGCACUUAAAAAUGAAACUAUCUACAAGCAAGUAGCAGAAAACCAGAUCAUUAUUGAAAUUGGACCCAGAUUCAAUUUCUCAACAGCAGAGUCUAGUAAUUCUGUUCAGAUCUGUGAAAGUGUUGGUCUGCGAGAUGUUAUACGCGUUGAGGUCUCCACUCGAUACCUUAUUUCCUUUGGGAAAACCAAAAAUGUAUCCACUGCCUUGUAUGAAAACCUGGCGGCACCUUUGCAUGAUAGGAUGACACAGUGUAUUUAUACAAAAGAAAACCUUCCACGCAAAAGUUUUAAUGAAGGAUUGCCAAAAGACUUGGAGCCAUGGUUUGUGGUGCCAUUGCAAAAAGAAGGCAUGUCUGCCAUGGAGAAGGUUAAUCAGAAAUUAGGAUUGGCAUUUGAUGCUUGGGACAUGGAAUUCUACAUGGACCUAUUUGUAAACAAAUUGAAACGUGACCCAACAAGUGUCGAGUUAUUUGACCUGGCACAGAGUAAUAGUGAACACUCUAGACAUUGGUUUUUCAAGGGUAAAAUAGUAUUAGAUGGCAAGGAAAUUAAUGAAUCUCUUAUUGAUAUGGUGGCUUCUACUCAAAAAACUUCAAACAAUAACAAUGUUAUUAAGUUUGGAGACAAUAGCAGUGCUAUCAUAGGCUUCAAACACGCAAAACUGCGUCCGAAAAGUGUGCGCGAGCCAUCACAAGUUGUCCUCGAAGAUACUGAAUCAGAUAUAAUCUUCACUGCGGAGACGCACAACAUGCCGACGGCCGUGGCGCCCUUCAGCGGCGCCACCACCGGCACCGGCGGCCGCAUCCGCGACGUGCAGGGGGUGGGGCGGGGGGGACACACUGUGGCCGGCACCGCCGGGUACAGCGUUGGAAACCUGCAUAUUCCAGGUUAUGACAUGCCCUGGGAGGAAAAAGGCUGGGAAUACCCCAACAACUUUGCAAGUCCUCUGCAAAUCAUCAUCGACGCUAGUAACGGUGCUUCUGAUUAUGGAAACAAGUUCGGAGAACCAAUAGUCUCAGGUUUUGUUCAAUCUUACGGACUGAAAAAUGAUGAUAAUGUGCGAGAAGAAUUUAUAAAACCAAUCAUGUUUACCGGCGGUAUCGGAUACAUGCCUCAUGACAUGAUCAAGAAAAACAAGCCAGAUAAAGGCAUGCUUCUAGUAAAGAUUGGUGGUCCGGUGUACCGCAUUGGGGUGGGCGGCGGCGCGGCUUCCUCAGUGGCUGUUCAGGGCGGCGACAACAGAGACCAUGCUUUGGACUUCGGUGCUGUUCAAAGAGGUGACGCUGAAAUGGGAAACCGUGUCAACCGCGUCGUGAGAGGAUGUUUGGAGUCUGACAUUAAUCCUAUUGAGUCUAUACACGACCAAGGGGCAGGCGGUAACGGCAACGUGCUGAAGGAGCUGGUGGAGCCCGAGGGGGCCGUGGUGUUCAGCGAGGAGUUCCGCCUCGGGGACCCCACCAUCACCACUCUGGAGCUGUGGGGCGCCGAGUAUCAGGAGAACGAUGCUCUGCUGUGCAGCAAGAAGAACAGACUCAUUCUGGAAGAAAUAUGUCACCGCGAACGCUGCCCGGUGUCGUUUGUGGGGGAAGUAACAGGUGACGGUUACGUCAGCUUGGUAGAGGAUUCCUUCAAAGACAAAUACCUGAGCAGAUCAGCCAGAUUGAAGCCAGAAGUAAAGUCCAAAAUGCCUUACGAUCUGCACUUAGAAGCUGUAUUAGGAAACAUGCCACGCAAGACGUUCGAUUUGAAGCGCGACACGAGGACUAAGAAGCCACUAAAGUUGCCUCAAGAUUUAACUGUAAAGAGUGCAUUAGACAGAGUGUUGAGGCUUGUUAAUGUUGCCAGUAAACGAUACUUGACCAAUAAGGUGGACCGCUGCGUGACAGGGCUGGUCGCGCAGCAGCAGUGCGUGGGCCCGCUGCAGGCGCCGCUGGCCGACUGCGCCGUGACGGCGCUGGCGCUGGCGGGCGCGGCGGGCGCGGCCACGGCGCUCGGCACGCAGAACAUUAAAGGGCUACUCGACCCGGCCGCCGGCGCCAGGCUUUCUUUAGGAGAAGCGCUUACUAAUUUGGUGUUCGCGGGUAUAUCAGAGCUGGAGGACGUGAAGUGCUCCGGCAACUGGAUGUGGCCGGGCAAGACGGGGGCGGAGGGGGGCACACUGGUAGAGGCGUGUGAGGCGCUAUGCGAGGCGCUGGGGGCGCUGGGGGUGGCCAUCGACGGCGGGAAGGACUCCUUGUCUAUGUGCGCUAACGUCGCUAGAGAGAGAGUUAAGUCCCCCGGCACCCUAGUAGUAUCAACCUACGCGCCGUGUCCCGACAUCACGGUCAAAAUAGAGCCAGUGCUGCAGAAGGAGGGUUCUGCUUUAAUACACGUGCCGGUCACCAACGGGAAAUACAGACUGGGUGGUUCGGCUCUGGCGCAGUGCUACAAGCAACUGGGAAACUGUCCGCCGGAUCUAGACGACCCGUUAGUUCUCAAGGCGUUGUUCAAAACCACACAGAAGCUAUUGAAAGAAAAGAAACUCCUAUCCGGCCAUGACAUAAGCGAGGGCGGUUUCAUCACGACAGUACUGGAGCUUGGCAUCGGCGGAGUCCGGGGUUUGGUUCUCGACUUGCAAGUGGAGAAGCAUGUCUCCGUUAUAGAGGCUCUGUUCAACGAAGAGCUCGGCGUUGUUGUGGAGGCGGCGCAGGGCGACCUGGACUACGUACUGCACGAGUAUAAGAAGAAUGGUGUGAAUGCCAAGCUUAUUGGCAGAGUGGGGAAGUUCGGAAUGAAUUCUGAAGUCGUGAUUAAUGUAAAUGGUGCCAAAGUAUUAGAUACAAAACUGAUAGACGUAUAUAGGAUGUGGGAAGAAACAAGCUACCAGUUGGAAUGUCUGCAAGCGAAUUCAGAGUGCAUAAAUCAGGAAUGGAAAGGUUUGGAGAAACGUAAAGGUGUCACAUACAAUGUCACAUAUGAUCCAUCAGCGGCGGUUGUCAAGACAAAACCAGUGAGGGUAGCCGUGCUGCGUGAAGAAGGAACCAAUGGCGACCGCGAAAUGAUAGCGUCUCUUAUUAUGGCGAACUUCGAUGUGUUUGACGUCACGAUGAGCGAUUUACAGGACAAUAAGAUUUCAUUGGACGCCUUCCAAGGAUUGGCCUUCCCCGGUGGCUUCAGUUAUGCUGAUACCAUGGGUUCCGCCAAAGGCUGGGCAGCAGGCAUUUUAUUCUCGGAACGACUGAGCUCCCAGUUCGCGCACUUCAAGAACAGAAGCGACACCUUCUCGCUGGGCGUGUGCAACGGAUGCCAGCUGAUGGCUCUGCUGGGCUGGGUCGACCCGGAGACGACGCCCAAUGCCGCCAAUAAGACACAGAUAUUCUUGGAUCACAAUCUAUCGGAAAGAUUUGAAUGUCGUUGGAGUGCGGUGUCAAUCGUAGAAAAUAAGAAACAAGAAGAUGUUUGGUUCCGGGGUAUGGGGGGUAGUAUUCUUGGUGUCUGGGUGGCUCAUGGGGAAGGACGAUUCAGUGUGGCCGAGCCACAGUUGUUGGACAAAAUACAGAGGAAUGGACAGAUAGCCAUGCAGUAUGUGGAUGAUGACGGUAACCCUACUGAAGUGUACCCGAUGAAUCCAAAUGGCAGCCCAUUGGGCAUCGCGGGCGUGCGGUCGGCGGACGGGCGCCACCUCGCCCUGAUGCCGCACCCCGAGCGCUGCGUGCUGCGCUGGCAGUGCCCCGUCCCCUGCCCCGCCCCCGCCCCCGCCCCCGCCCCCGCCCCCGCCCCCACCACCGCCUCACCUCACCCCGCCGCGCCCUCGCCUUGGCUCAGACUCUUCCAAAACGCCUACACCUGGUCUUCCCGACGACACUGAUUCCGUAUUCAUUCCGAUUUCCUAAAGAUUAUAUUCCAAAAUGUCGUGUACUAUAAGAUUUAAGUACGUUGAAGUAUAUUUCAAGCAUUUUAUAACAGACAUUUUUAUUUUGAUAUUGUUAGAUAAGGAGAAGUAUUUUGUAAAGAUCUUGCCAAUAAAAAAUGGUUUGAUCAUUGUAGGAGAUUAAUCCUAUUUAUAAAAAAAAACCUUAGCAGAGUAUCAAAAUAUGUUUAGAUAAAUUUGUUGCGUUUUUUAUAGCUAAGUUAUGAUAUGUUAUUAUAGCAAUAUCGCUCGUGCCUUUUAAAUCUAAGACUUGUAAAAAUCUACUUUUGAAGAUACUUUUCUCGAAUAUACAUUAUGGAAAAAAAAACGAUUUAUCAAUCAUGUGGUAUAAUUUUUUAAGUUUAUAUGUAGCUAGACAUAGUCUUAAGCAACAAGUAAAAAUAUGCAAGAUUAUGAUUACGACCGUUAUGACAUAAUCAACUUUUCCUCAAUAUUUGUCUGUGAAUGGUCUGUGAUUAUUUUUACUGUUUUUUGUAUACCUACUUAUUAUCAACAUUCCCAAUAUUGUACAGUUCCAUAUCAUAUACACAUAUAACUUGUUAAAAUAAAUUCAGUUUUUAAAAUCA